CUAGUUUAUUAAGUUUCCAUUUAAUAAUCCCCCCCUAAAACUCUUCCUGGUAAAUGCAAGUAUGUGGGGGGGGGACAGGAUUUAUAUGAUGUUUAAAAAUCAAAACCUCUUAGAGGUUUACAUUAAAAUUACCCAUGAUAAAUCAGAUAUCAAAGCAAGCUAGCUGAAAAAAAAUUCACAAUGAAAUCAGUGGUCUUGAAGCUAAAUGUUACAAAACACAAUUACAUGAUGUAUACAUCUCAUCUGGUCCUUACAGACACCCCUUUCUGUGUUUGUGGCUAUGUGUGAAUCUUCCUCCUUUGUGCCUCUGACCUGGGUUCCCUGUGUCUGUCUGUUCCUUUCCCGAAGUAUGUCAGAGUCAUGCCGUAUGGUGGGCAGUGUUACGACGAGGGUCCCUUCUUCCCAACGACUCCCAGACACAUGGUGCAAGUGGGGGUUGCCAGGAUCCCAGACCUCAUUCUGAAACCUGACUGGCGAGCAAUUAUUGGGAUUAUAUUCGGAGUCGUCUUUCUCCUCAUUGUUUGCCUGCUACUGAUUACUUUUUGCCAAACCUUUGGCCUGUCCAGGAAAGGAAGCCCUUCCCCACGGUUCCGAAGGUUACAGCUGAAAUAUAAUAUAGACAAAUAUUCCUCCAAAGAAUCCACAGUCCUUACCCUCAGAAAAUAUCACCCUGGAAUGCAGCAAGCAGGCAGUUUGGAAAAGAACUUCAGCCACAUGGAGAAAAGAGAAGGCAAGUGUGAAAUAUGGGACACGGAAGAACAAAUAGAUCUGGACUCAUUCAAUACCAAUGCCUUCUUUGAAAUCCUGGUCGCGCAGUCUCUGGCAGUUACAGCUAAAUUGAGCCAGUUUAAGGAAGAGCUGAAAAUCUUGUACCAUAAACUUCUGGAUGAAGCAGCCAUGCUCAGAGAUCUUUGGCUAGCCAAGCUGUGCAUCCCUGACAGAGCUGAUCCUUGUGAUGAUGUACUGAUGGGGAACUAUGUCAAAGCAAAACAGCAGGUGGAGGAGGAGAUUCUGCUCCGAAAGCACCUGGCCACAGAAUAUGAAGAAAGCGUGAGCAGGCAGCUCCACUUACUGAGCCAGGACAUGAAACGACGUGAGGAGCACUGGGUGGCAUUUAAUUCUGCGCUGCGGGAAGCCAUAAGGUUGACAGAGGCCCUGGCAGAGGCUCUGUCUUCUGAGGAAGGUCAAGUCUCAGGCUCUAAAUCAGCCCAUCACAGGUUAUUAAGCCUCAUCGAUGCUGCAAGCAACCAGGUGUCCAGCACUGUCAUACAGGAGACUCGUAGGCUCAUGGCAUGGGGCAUCCUGGGAGAAGGAACGGGAGCUCACCUUGUUAACAGAGAGAGAACCAGGCUACUCACCAAGGCGGAGCUUGUAGGAUCAGAUGGCUCUGUGAAGGCACACGAUGUCCUGCACCAGGAUGCUACCACUGGACUGAUAAUGCCCAGCCAUGGUGCGGUCAUGCUGCUGGCCAAUCAGUCCAUGGAGCCUGUAUCUGCCCACCACUUCCUGAACCCCGACACAGGAAGAUUGCUCCCGAUAGCUGGGAAUGUUGGCUUCGACCCAGUCAACUCUAAGCUGAUCCCUGUGGUUGAUUUAGCACCUGGGGAGAUUCGUCACUCUGAAGUUCCCAUCUUGCCCUAUGUCCCGUAUCCCGUGUGUCUCCACUCUGGUCUACCAGUGAAGACUCGCCUGCCAGUCCUACAGCCUGAGAAAGUGUUUAAACUGGGAGGCCUCAUGCAAGACCCAGCGACGGGGAUCGAGGUGCCAAUACUUGCCGUCACCAUUCACCCCCAAACUGGCCAGAAGCUGUCUUUGGGUGGGACAUACCUGAAUCCUCUAACAGGAACGGUGACGCCUCUUGAAUUGGGGGGGCCUAUGAGGUUCCCAGAAGGAGGGAGGAUUGUUCCAAUCCUUGGAGUCAGUUUGGAUAAUAACACGGGAGACCUCAUUCCAGUGGGAGGCCUCCAUGGGCCCUCAGAGAGCCUCCUCCUUAUAGGGGAUUCCUUUAAGGAGCCACUGAGCGGGAAGGUUGCCCGUGUCCAAGGCAUUUGCCUUCAGCAAGACAAGAUGGCCGCUCACGCAGGGGGCUAUCAGGCGGUAUUAGACGCCAACCUCCUUGUAGCUCAGAUCCACGUGGCUCAAUCACUAAGAGAGUAUAAGGACGCCAUUUGUGAGGAUCUGUGCUCUGCUGGAGACAGGCAGAAAGCCCUCAAAGCCGCAGAAGAGGACAUGAAAAGAGUACUGUUUGAGGUGCUGGAUUAUUUGUUGUACCAGCUAAGAACCCUAGAGAAGCAGCGGGGCCAUGCGUCAGUUCUCAAGAGCACCGGCGGCAAGCUGGGGAUGAUCAAAUAUCCCAGCACAGAACUCUGGAUCCCUGCCGUCUUUGGGAUGAAAAUCCCGGAUCCAGGAGGUUCUGAUUUGAUGGUGCCCAUCCUUGGAGUUGAAUGUGACUGGAAGACAGGGCAGCCAAUGCCGUUAGCUGGGACCAUGGAAGAUGCAGAUGGGAAAGGUCUUGUUCCACUCACUGUUGGCUUCAGAACUGUGGAUCCCAUAACAGGCGAGACUGGUCCAGUCAUUGGGGCUCAAAUUAACCCUUGGACAAAUGCUGUCAUUCCUGUGGUCCAGUCCUUGGGAAACUUACCAAGAGGAAAUCCAGACCCGGAACUGCUGGCUGCUUUGGAGAAGGAAAUAAAUGCCAAGCAAGCAUACUGGCACUGCCAGCGGGCAAAAGAAGAGGAGCUCUUUAAAGAGCUGGAUUUUAUAUGUCUGGAUGUCUUGGAUGCAGCCAAGGAGGGGAAAAUGAAAAAGUUAAGGUAUAGGGUCAAAUUAAGACCUGCUGACGAGAUCUAUCACCUACUGGAAGAAUCCUCUGCCCAGGAAACUCAAAGGAGAGCUAGCAGAGAUCAGAACAUGCUGUGGGACACAGAACAGUCUCUGAGGAUGAGAGUUGACAAGGACGAGAGAGACCAGGAAGCCAGAGUUCGGCUUUUGCUCAGGAAGAUGCUGGAGAAACUGGUCCAGUUUGUCCGAAGGAUGCAGCUAGAAGAAGGACGGAUCCAGAUGCAGUUGAAGGAAGCAGAACGGCAGUGGAGCAGAGGCUUGCACAUGGAAGAGGCCAUUAGAGAGAAAUCCAGAAAGAUUUCUGGGAAUUAUGGUUGGCUAAGGGUGCUGGAAUUGCAGGUGUCAGAUGGUGGUGUGGUUGCUCGAGAGUAA